CUGCCUCGUUGUCGUGGAGGCCAGCGAGGCGGGGCGUGAGGCAGCAAAGCGCCCGCUGAUUGGCUGCGGGGCAGAGUCCAAUCGGCGGGCGGGGUGUUCCGGCCGUGGCAAAAUGGCGGCCAGGCUAAUUAUGUUUUUAUCUCAGAAUGGGUGAGCUGACAUAACUCUAGUGUCUUUGCAGUGACUUGAAGUGGCUUGGACUUGUUUAAACUGGAAGAUGUGGAGUGGACUGUUACCUCCAGGACUGAAUGAAAGUGAUGUUGACUUAAGUUCUGAUGAUGGAGAUGAGUCGCGUAGUUCCUUUUCAAAGGAAGAUGCAAAAGGAGGUAUUGAAAGGGCUCAGCUUUCUGAAUUCCAAGAGAAUGGACCUGAAAGUAAUGCCAUCGGUGAACCCAUUGUGAUAUCAGUGACAGAUGGAGAAAAUGAAUCUCAGACGUGCCCUUCUGGAAUUUCUUUAGAUAUGUGGAAUAAAUUUGUGGAGCUUCAGAAGAAAAACCGUGAAAUGAAGACCCAAGCAAAUCAGGGAACCAAAAGCCGAAAAAGAAAGCGCAAUAGAAAAGAAAAACAGAAAAAGAACGAUGAAGUGACUAAGAGUCAACAGUUGGCAAAUGAAGACAAAUGGAAAGAACUUACACAAUACUUUGGAAUCAAUGAUAGAUUUGAAUCACCUGUGGAUAGCAGGGCUCCACAAAAGUCUGGCCUUGAACUUAGCAUAGAGAAGUCUGUGGCUGAAGGUGACAUUGAUAAGGCUGAGGAGCUGAGUGAUAGAUUAGCCAUUCGUGAGCUUGGUGUGAAAAUUGCCAAAGCUGCUGCUUGCCGCAACUUUGUAAAAGCCAAGCAAGACGCGGAGGCUGCCCAAGAAGCUCGAAAGAAAAAGAAGCUUGCUUGGGGAUUUGAAGCCAAGAAAAGAUGGGAAACAAAAAGCAACAUGGGAUACAUGUAAUCCACCCUGUUUUCCUCAGAAGUCAAAUACCUGUUGUUACCUGAAGAAUCUUUAUGGGUGACUUCUUAAAUCUAAACACAAAAAAACCCCCAAAACAAAACCCAACACAUGAAAUUCCUUGUGUUCUUCUUAAUGCUGUUAGACUGCAGUAUCUUGGUUUGGUGUUCUCCUACAGUGUAGCAAAAAUACUAUCUAAACAUCAAUACUAUGUUAAAUAUAGUAUUUUUCUCCAAAAGAUGAAAAUCUAAGAUAAUGCAUUGCAGAAUGCAUUUGGAGUCUAGUAGAGAACUCUCUGAAGUUGGAAUAAAAUACUCAGUCCAAAUGCGUUCUGUGCUGCACUGCAGUUAAAAUGUGUGGGUGUAAGGAGAGGGUUAAGUUUUCUUGCUGAGGUUAUACAGACUUAAUGCAGUAAAUACUACUUUUCUCAUUGCUUGAAAGUUUGGGGGGACACUAAAUAAAGCAAAGCAAAAUCACUCUA